CUUAUACAUUUCAAUUCUCCUCUUCGGCCCCUCCCACCAAAAUCUCCUCCGUAAUUCCUCUCCUUCCUCCCCAUUUCUUCCCUUCCAUCAAAACCACUAAAAAUUCCCAACUCAAAAUACUUUUUUUUUCAAAUAAAAAAUAAAACCCCUUUAAAAAAACAUUUUAUUCCACCCUUUAUUUAUACUCCUACUCCUCCACAACCCCUCUAAAAAACUCCCAAUCCCUCAAAAUGAAAUCCACCCCAAAACUCAUCGUUUUUCACCCAUCAAUUUACAAACAAUCCUCAACACAACCAUCCUCCUCCCUUUCCCACCGACUAUUACUCUUCGCAUUUUUUUCUCUCUUCACAUUCACAUUCUUCGUCACCGUCUUCAAAUCCACCCCGUCACCAGUUCCUCCACCGUCCACUACCGAAAACCAUCCUUCCUCCGCCGUCAACGCCGCCUUACUCCAUUACGCUGCCGUUUCAAACGCUACUGAUAAAAUGACUUCCACCGAACUCUCCUUAAUCGCAUCGGCUCUCACCCGUUGUCAUCUUCCUUCGCGUUGCAACUUCCUCAUCUUCGGUCUUACUCACGAAACCCUACUUUGGCGUGCGUUAAACCACGGUGGUCGCACCGUAUUCCUUGACGAAAACGAAUAUUUUAUCAAAAAAUAUGAAGAGAAUUUUACCGAUUUUGAAGGUUAUGAUGUUCAGUACACUACAGUUGUAGGGAAAUCAAGUGAGUUGAUUCAGUACGCUAGAGUGCAACGUAAGGGAGAAUGUAGACCUGUUCAGAAUCUCCUCUUUUCUGACUGUAAAUUAGCGAUUAAUGAUUUGCCGAAUCAUUUGUAUGAAAUCGAAUGGGAUGUUAUUUUGAUUGAUGGACCGAGAGGAUAUUCGCCGAAGAUGCCUGGAAGAAUGGCUGCCAUUUUUAGUGCUGCGGUUAUGGCGAGAAGUAAAGGAGGAAAGAGAAAGGAAACGGAGAUUUUUGUUCAUGAUUAUGAACGAGAUGUUGAGAAGAAAUUUAGCGAAGAGUUUUUGUGUAAGGAGAAUUUGGUUCAAGUUAAAGAUUCUUUGGCUCAUUUUGUUGUCAAAGAUAUGAAGGGAGGUGAGACUAAUUUUGAAUUUUGUAGAGGUAAAAAUAAAAUUAGUAGUAGUUAGAUCUUUGAAGUUUUAUAUAUUAGGAUAUAAAUUACAUAAUAAAUAUUCUCAAAUUUCAGCUGUUUUUCCAAAAAUAAUAUUUUAUAUGGAUCAUUUAUCAGUUUGUGGUUUUUUUGAUUUUUUUUUUUUAAAAAUUUGACCUCAAAAUGAUUUAAGCUUACAUAAGGAUCUAUAGUCUAAAUUAAUCUUAUUAUCAUCUUGCAACUUCUAUUUGAAUUUACUCAAAGAAUAUACACUUCCUCUAUACCUUAAGAUAUAUGGAAGUAUUAAUCAUUUCGGUUAUUCGAGACUGAAAUCGAACCAAAAGAGUAUUUAGGCUUAAAAAUAUGCAAGUAAUGAAAGUAUUAAUUUUGGUUUAUUUUAAAAGUGCUGUUAAAUUUUUGAUGCUUUAUAAAUGCUGAAAUUUGGAAUUAUAAAUGUGAUUUAAUUUCCUAAUAAUUGCACUAUGAUUUGAAAGUAAGAAUCAUAGUAAGUACAUUUAGUGAUAGAAAUGUUUAUAAUUAUGAGUGUAUUUACAAUUAGAAGUACUAUUACUAUUAUUGUAAAGGAAAGUUUAGUGGGGUUAAUUUUGUUGAAAAAAAAAUCUCAAGUUAUUUUCAUAGUGGUAAAGAAUUGAAAAUGGCAAUUCAAUACUCAGUUCGGGUGGACCAAAAUAUGUGAUCCAUCGUUAGAAUGUGUACUUUUUGCCUUUUUGGAAUGGUGGUUCCGUGGUGGUAACAAUUGAAUUUUGGCUUUGCACCAUAUACUUUAAUUUGCAAAGUUUGUCUUUUACCCUAAUUUAA